AUGGAUAGUCAAUGCUGGUGGUACUUUAUAGUUUAUUUAAUCAAUAUUUUUUUAAAUUCAAUUGAAACACGUUAUCUAUUUACUACAACCAAACAACAAAAUGAAUCAACGAACAAAAACCAAAUAUCAACGAAAUCGAUCUAUAACAUCUUGCAAUAUCAAUCGACUAUGCCAUCACUUUUGGCAGAGAAUUCAACUGAAAUUCGUUCGAACAACAUCAUUCAAUCAUUUGUAACAAGACCGAAUUCUUAUCUUUAUAAUCUUGAAACAGACGAUGAAAUGUUAUUAAGUCGUGCUAAACGAGAUAAUGUUCCGUUUGUUUGUAAAAUUGAUGGCUACUUUCCAGAUCGAUCAAAUUGUCGAAUAUAUCAUAUUUGCACAUCAGGCGUUGAUACAGCGGCUGUUUGUGCAGAAGGUACCGCAUGGGAUCCCGUUAAGAAAAAUUGUGGAUGGGAAAAUACGGUCGAAUGUAAAAAAGGACUUCGAAAAUGGGAUCAAAUAACAGAUAUUCGAGGAGUUACUCUGUUUGCAACUGAUGCAGCACUUGCUUGGCGAAUAAAAAAGAAAUCCACAACAACGCAUGCGCCCAUUAAAGUAGAUUCGAAUUUUACAUGUGAAUAUGAUGCUGAAGGAUAUUUUCCGGAUCCAAAAUAUUGUCAUAUUUAUCAUUUUUGUGCCAUUGGUGCGCAUCAAGUACAACAAUGUCUAAACAAUCUUUGGUAUUCAUCCGAGACGCAAGGCUGUGAUUGGCCAGAGAAAUCCGAUUGUAAAGCUGGUCAUUUACAUACGUCAUCAACAGCAGCAACAAAUAUGAUUGAUGGCGAUGGAAAUAUAGUUACAACGCCAAGAAAUUUUCGACUAAAUGUUUAUUUGCCUAUUGAAUGUCCACCAAGUGUUCAAAAAUACUUUCCCGAUCCAUACGACUGUUCAGCUUAUCAUUAUUGUAGCGGUGGUGUUGAUAAACCAUCAUAUUGUGAUGCUGGUCUCUUCUAUGAUAAAAAACAUGGUUGCCAAUGGCCGAAAGAUGUUCCUCAUUGUCAACAUAAAUGUCCAGCAAAUGGUCAACGAUUACGUUUUGUAGCUACACAUAGUUGUUGUCAUUAUUACGAGUGUAUUAAUGGUCAUUUAAAAGAACAAGUGUGUCCAUUACAUAAACUUUAUUCGGUUGAAACCAAACGAUGUGAAAAUUUUCAAAUUGUCAGUUGUGGUUCACGAGAAAAAUGCAUCGAUCCUUGUGAUUAUGAUAAUUCUCCAUUAUGUGAAUUUAAACCUGUUUGUCGAGAUAAACCAAAUGGUAAUUAUGUUGAUCAAUUUCGACCUAAUUGCCAAUUUCAUUAUACAUGUCUUGAAAGUCGAACAUUUAACUAUACAGCAUGUGAACAUGGCCAUCGAUUUUCUGUUCAACAUCAAAAAUGUCUACCAGCUAAACAAGUCAGAUGUUUCGGAAUCAAAAAUUAUCAAUACUCAUUUAAUCUCGUUUUUUUCUUCUUUUUUAUACAAAUUAUCUAUUGA